UUCGUGAUAACAAAUAUUGUGGUUUUAAAAAAUAUGUUAGGGAAAUUUUUUAAUAUUAUUUAUUUGCUACUGCUAUCCACUUAUGUAGCAAAUGCUGUGACUAAAUUACGUGAAAAAUUUUUGUGGAAUGCUGUAAAUUUUGAAUAUCCAGAUAGGCAAACAUGGUUACAUGCCUUAUCUGUUGGAGAUUUUAUACCAGAGAAUAAUUUACCAGUUGGAAUUGAAGUUUAUAAUGAAAAAUUAUUUGUUACCGUGCCUAGAUGGCGAGCAGGGAUUCCAUCAACAUUAAAUUACGUUCCAAUUGAUUCACCAGAUUUAUCCCCACGUUUAAUACCAUAUCCAAAUUGGCAAGCAAACAAGGCUGGGGAUUGUGAAAAUGGUUUAACAACAGUGUAUCGAAUUAAAGUGGAUGAAUGUGAUCGUUUAUGGGUGUUGGAUACUGGUACUACAGGCAUUGGAAAUACUACACAAAAUCCAUGCCCUUAUGCACUUAACGUAUUUGAUUUAAAAACAGAUACGCGGAUAAGAAGAUACGUCUUCCGGCCAGAAGAUACAAAUGCAAAUACCUUCAUUGCAAAUAUUGCUGUUGAUAUUGGAGCAACAUGCGACGAUGCCUAUGCCUACUUCAGUGACGAAUUAGGUUAUGGUUUAAUUGCUUACUCAUGGCUUGAAAAUACAUCAUGGCGUUUCACUCAUAGUUUCUUUAUGCCAGAUCCAUUAUCUGGUGAUUUUAAUAUUGCUGGAUUAAAUUUCCAAUGGGGUGAAGAAGGUAUAUUUGGCAUGGCAUUGUCCCCAAUACAACCAGAUGGAUAUCGUACAAUGUUCUUUAAUCCAUUAGCUAGUGGGCAUGAAUUUAGUGUAUCAACAAGAAUUCUAAGAAAUAAAACUGCUGUCGAAGAUAGCUACCAUGAUUUUAAGGUUGUCGGAACUCGUGGUAAAGAUGGACAUGUCACAGCUGCUGUUAUGGAUAAGAAUGGUGUACUAUUUUACAAUUUAGUUUCUCGUAAUUCAAUUGGCUGUUGGAAUUCUCGUUUACCAUACACUCCAGAAAAUUUGGACGUCGUUGAUUCAGAUGAUGUAGGCUUAGUAUUUCCAAGUGAUGUAAAAAUUGAUCGAAAUGAAAACAUUUGGGUAAUGUCUGAUCGUAUGCCAGUAUUCUUAAUAGCCAAUUUAGAUUUCAGGGAUGUUAACUUUAGAGUAUACACAACUACUGUAUCUGAAGUUCUAGCAAAUACUGCUUGCGCUCAGCCAAGUUUAAAUUCUCUAGACGGGUAUGGUGCCUUGGGUUCCCCGAAAUUUUACAGUUUUCCCAUUUCUGCAAAACCCGCUUUACCAAAAUUUAUUGGAUAUGAUGUUGCACCAGUAAAAUCUAUUUUACCUAAAUAUGCUGGUUAUGAUGUAUCGCCAAAAUUGCCUAGUUAUAAUAUUGGUGGCUCAAAAACUGGAUACAGAAAUGAGCCUACAGCAUUUUCUUACUCCUACGUAACAAUUUAAACUUAAAACUCUUCAGUAUUAUCUAUCUAUUGUUUUUAAUAUUAUUAGUAAAGACUUCAACUUGAUACGUAACCAUAUUUGCACAAGACCUAUGCACAGUCUACAGUAUCUUCCAUAAGUUCUUAAUCACUCUUUAAUAUGGAAUAAGAAGAAUAAGUAAAAUAGAGAAAAAUAUUUCAAACAAAAAUUGUUGGGUUUAAAGUGGGACAUCUCAAAAAUAUUUGAAUUUUGACAUUCAGCGUCAUCUAAAGUCAACUAGGGUUUUUAACUAGCCAGAGGUAAAUUACCACUUUAAAUUCGAAAGUUUUCUCUUAUAAAAUUAUUAACAUUUUUGGUUUGAAACAUUUUUUCGAAAU